AUGUCAGAUCAGGAGGCAAAACCUUCAACUGAGGACUUGGGAGGUAAGAAGGCAGGAGAAUACAUAAAACUCAAAGUUAUUGGACAGAAUAGCAGUGAGAUUCACUUUAAAGUGCAAAUGACCACACAUUUCAAGGAACUCAAAGAAUCUUACUGUCAAAGACUGGGAGUUCCAAUGAAUUCAGUCAGGUUCCUCUUUGAAGGUGAGAGAAUUGCUGAUAACCAUACUCCAAAAGAACUGGGAAUGAAGGAAGAAGAUGUGAUUGAAGUUUAUCAGGAACAAGCAGGGGGUCACUCAAGGGUUUAG